AUGAAAAGGGACAGGGUGGCUACGGCGGAGCCCAGGGGCUCGUCCUCAUCGUCGGCGGCCGCGACUGCGUCACCUCCGUCGUCCUCGUCGGCGAUGGUGGUGCCGAGGUGCCAGGUGGAGGGGUGCAACGUUGCGCUCGUGGACGCCAAGGACUAUCACCGCCGGCACAAGGUAUGCGAGAUCCACUCGAAGGCGCCCAAAGUGGUCGUCCUCGGCAUCGAGCAGCGCUUUUGCCAGCAAUGCAGCAGGUACUUCUCUCCAAACUGGCAUUCGCACUGUAUUUCGCAAGUGUCGAUCAUUAAUUACUUCAUCCUGUUAAUCUUUCCACUCAUGAGUUAAAUUCGUCUUGCGAGAAUAGCAAGGCAUCUGUUCUUUAAAGUUGCCGCAGUUGCAGAGUGAAAAGAUUGAUGUGAUCGUGAUUUGACGGCGCGGUGUUUCUUUCCUCAGAUUUCACGUGAUAUCGGAGUUCGAUGAUUCCAAGCGGAGCUGCAGGAGAAGACUGGCUGGCCACAACGAGAGGCGGCGGAAGAGCUCGGCAGAGUCCGUCAUCCGGAACCCUUCCCCACUUGGUACCAGCCCUCACUAUCCUUAUCGCACCUAG